UGCCCUUCAGCAGCGGCUGCAGUUCCUGUUGAGAGCACACAUGGACUAGGGGAGGAGGAGACUGCUACAGAAAAAAAAAGGAUACUCUAGGGGGAGGGGGGCGAGCUUUUCCUUCCAUGGUGCAGAGUUGUUACUGAAAGGACAGGCAAACUGCAGGAUCUCGUUGGUGCUGAAGAAAGAGAAGGACAGAACAAGAGCUCCCCUGCUAGUCUUGCAUGUAAUAUAUAAAUUAAUCUAAGUGGAAGGAAUCAAAAGCCAUCAGCAUGGAUUUUGUAAUGAAGCAAGCUUUGGGAGGUGCUACAAAAGACAUGGGAAAAAUGCUUGGGGGGGAUGAAGAGAAAGACCCAGAUGCACAAAAGAAAAUGGAGGAGCAACAGGAAGCUCUUCGCCAACAAGAAGAGGAAAGGAAAGCAAAAUAUUCAAAGAUGGAGGCUGAGAGAGAAGUAAUGAGGCAAGGUAUCCGCGAUAAGUAUGGCAUUAAGAAGAAAGAAGAGAAAGAAGCAGAGGCACAAGCUGCUAUGGAGGCUCAAUCUGAAGGGAGCUUGACACGUCCAAAAAAGGCCAUCCCUGCUGGCUGUGGGGAUGAGGAGGAUGAAGAGGAAGAAAGUAUUCUAGACACAGUUAUUAAAUACCUCCCAGGUCCACUUCAAGAUAUGUUCAAGAAAUAAAACGUAGUAGACUGUGGGACUGUUUAAUGCAUAAACAGAAAAGCAAUGGAUUUCCCUUGUUUAGUGGGAGAUUUCAGUAUUGCCACAUGCUACACCUCUCCACCCCCCCCCCCCCCCCCGUCUAUAAACCUUUGCUCACUAAUAUUCCCUCUACUUUAUUUUCUCCUUUCCUUUUGUACAUAGUUACAUACAGUAGACACCUCUCAAAGGAUGUCAAGGUUAUGAGCUGCAGUCUACGCAAUUUUAUUAUAAGCCAUAGUACAUUUGUGUGUUCAAUUUAGUGGUUGUAUACACAAUCAACUUUAUACUUUAUACUUACUAUCCAUUGAGAGUCAGUGGAUUGCUGUUAACAUUAUACAUGGUUUUCCAGCAAGUUUUGGAAAAGGGCAGAAUCAACGUUUGCUUCUGGCAAAAAAAAGAUGAAAACAAAGCAGGCAACUUAUCAUUAGGAGGUAAUCAAAUGUGUGUUUUUCAUUUCAUGUUCAUCCAACAGUAAGAGACAAUUCAGAAAAUGAACCAUGUAAAGCUCCUAUGCCUGGGACUACAAAUUGCAACAGCCUUUGACAAACAUGAAAAAUGGUACCCUGUUUCUAUUUAAUCAUACUUAGGGCCUAUUGUGAAAUAUUUCCCAUUGUGAUUAUUUGAUUAGAACAUUUGCUAUUAAAAUCCUGGCAACUUCA